UGACAGCACCCAUCUUGAAAAGUCUGCGAGCGAGUGGAGUUGGUGGAAUUAUUUAAUUAUUUCUGCGGCAAAAGAGUUAAAAAGUAUAUAAAAUGUCGAUGAUUUCUGCACGCUUGGCGUCGUCGGUCGCCCGCACCCUGCCCAAGACGGCCGCACAGAUUGCCUGCAAGGCUUCGUACCCAGCUGCCACUCUUGCUGCCCGUAAGUUCCAUGUUGCCAGCACACAGCGCAGCGCAGAGAUCUCCAACAUCCUGGAGGAGAGAAUCCUGGGCGUUGCGCCCAAGGCCGAUCUGGAGGAAACCGGUCGUGUGCUUAGCAUUGGUGACGGUAUCGCUCGUGUCUAUGGCCUGAACAACAUCCAGGCCGAUGAGAUGGUGGAGUUCUCCUCCGGCUUGAAGGGCAUGGCCCUCAAUUUGGAGCCCGACAAUGUCGGUGUUGUCGUCUUCGGUAACGACAAGCUGAUCAAGCAGGGUGAUAUUGUCAAGCGUACUGGCGCUAUUGUCGAUGUCCCCGUCGGCGAUGAGCUGCUGGGUCGCGUUGUCGACGCUCUGGGUAACGCCAUCGACGGCCUCGGUGCCAUCAACACCAAGGAUCGCUUCCGUGUCGGCAUCAAGGCCCCCGGCAUCAUUCCCCGUGUGUCUGUGCGCGAGCCCAUGCAGACCGGAAUCAAGGCUGUGGACUCUCUGGUGCCCAUCGGUCGUGGCCAGCGUGAGCUGAUCAUCGGCGACAGGCAGACUGGCAAGACCGCUCUCGCCAUUGACACCAUCAUCAACCAGAAGCGUUUCAACGACGGCCAGGAGGAGUCCAAGAAGCUGUACUGCAUCUACGUUGCCAUUGGCCAGAAGCGUUCCACUGUCGCCCAGAUGCUGAAGCGUCUGACCGAUGCCGGCGCCAUGAAUGUGCCCAUGGCCAUUGAGGAUCAGGUUGCCGUCAUCUACUGCGGUGUGCGCGGACACUUGGACAAGAUGGAUCCCUCCAAGAUCACCAACUUCGAGAAGGAGUUCUUGCAGCUGAUGAAGACCAGCGAGCAGGGUCUGCUCGACACCAUUGCCAAGGAGGGCGCCAUCUCUGACGCCACCGAUGCCAAGCUGAAGGAUAUUGUUUCCAAGUUCUUGGCCACCUUCCAGGGUUAAAUUGCAACGUCAGUCAGCAGUUUACACCGCGCGGUGUAACAUCUUAGAUGCGGCGCAGAGAUUACCCUAAAUGCAAGAUCAAUAAAGUAGAAUAUUGUCUAAGUCGAAAGUCCCCUACCAAUUUCAAUGCUGCCCAUUGCCGCGCGCCGAAUAACAUCAUAAAGAAAGAAGCCUACAACAUUACAACAUAAGAUAAACACAAAAUUAUACAAAAACAAAAGAAAAUCCUUUGGCGCAUUCAUGUUUUCCUGCGUUUCCGUGCCAGCUCCGUGUCCCGUCACGCCGUCCAACGCCACCAAAAUGCCACCAAUCUUGGGAGAGAGAGAGAGCAGGCGGAAGGCGGUGGGACGGGGCACGGAAUGGCCGAAUCCAGUUUCGAAUUUCAGCGACAUCCGUGUGGUUCCUCCAACCAAAAUUGAUAAUGAUAUUGAUAAUCCUGCAUUGUUCUUCUACUCCAAAAAAUGUGUGUAAUCAAUAUUUGAAAUAUUGUAAUCGAGAAUAGUCGAAUACUGUCUGUGGAUGAUUGUGAAACGAUGAUGAAAUAAAAACGAUACUAAAUUAUACUCUAAACGAA